CAACAAUUUGCUUGAGCUUGCGCAUAUUUAUUUUUAAUAGAUUUUUUUUACGUAUUAGUAAUUUUGUCAGUUAGUUCAACAAAAUGCUGCGUUGGUUCUUUGCAAAUGAGCGCGAGGAGUGCGUGCCGCCUCCAAGCGAUGCGGAUCUCAGCCAGCAGACCGAUGAGAAGGAGGAAACGGAGCCUGGUAUGAAACGCAUCUAUGCGGAUUGGCCAUUCUGUGUGCGCGUCAAGAAGCCGCUGCAGGGCAAUGAGUUUGUUGCCAUCUCGGGUAAUUGCGACGAGCUGGGCAACUGGGAGCCCAGUCGUGUGGUGCUGCUGCAGCGCAGCACUUGCGAGUGUCUGGGGCAUUGUGCAUGCCGCAAGUUUGAGGCUACCAUAAGCAUACCACGUCAUCAGGAUGUGGAGUAUCGCUACUGCGUAGUGGCACACGAUCCUCUAAUGCAGGAGACCAUUAUACGCUAUUGGGAGGUGCAUCUGAAGCCGCGUGUAAUACGCACCUGUCAGAAUAUGUUGAUGAAAUGCGAGCGCUUUGGCUAUCAGCAGCCGCCGAAUGCGGAGUACAAAGUGGACAGAGGCUGGGCCACCAGCGAGACCUACAUACACUUUAAGAUCUUCAAUGCGCCGUUUGCGUGGCAGCAGCAGCGCCCACGUUUGCUCUACGUGCAUUUGCAGCCCAUGUGGCAAUCGGAGCCCGUGGAUUGUUCCGAGAAGUUGGUGGAGACGCUGCGGUUUACAGCAUAUCCGCCCAUACUGAAGAAGCAGUCCAUGCUGAAUGUGCAGAGCAUGCAGCUGGCUUAUGCGGAGGUUGCCAAUCUGCGCUACAGCAGCAAGCUGCAUUUUCAAACGCAGUACGGCGUGCGUUGUGGUCCAGCUGAUCUGCAGUUAUUCCACUGCUCCAUAAGUCGCCCGGAGUGCACUUUAUAUCGCCUGGAUCUGUACACUUAUGCGCAAAAGGCUGCCGCUGAUGAGCCGCCCUAUCCCUUUGGCUACGGCUUUAUACAGCCCGAGCAGCUGCAGCGCAGCGAGGGCUACGUCAAGGUCGCCAUUACCUGCGCCUCCACGCAUCGUCCGCUCAUCGAAAUGUGCCUCAAGUAUUUGAUUAUCAAACCAUUUGCAGCCUACAAAUGCAGCUUGAAUCACAGCUAUGAACGCCACUGGCGCAGUUCUCAUCUGGCACUGGAUAUAGCGCAUCGUGGUGCAGGCAUGAGCUAUAUGCUCGGCACGGAUCUGCAUCGGGAGAAUACGCUGUUUAGCUUUAGGCAAGCUGCGCUGCACUUUGCUGACUUUAUAGAGUUCGAUGUGCAGCUUACAAAGGACGCCCAAGUGGUUGUCUAUCAUGACUAUGUGCUCAAGUUCUCUGGCGGCACGCCAGCUGCUCUGGCCAAGUAUCAGCCCCAACAUGAUGUUUUAGUAUUUCCUCACGAGCAAUUCAAUCGCCUUAAGCUGCUCGCCUUGGGCGGCAAUAGGCGUGGCCCACACAUUGUUGUGCCCAUUGAUGCGAUCAACUAUGAGGAUCUCAGACUGGCGCAUGCUCUACGCUUUACCAGCAGCGCAGGCUGCGCGCCCAACUGCGAUGACUUUCUGGCCUCCCAAAUGCCGUUUCCCUUACUGCUCGAUCUCUUCGACAUGGAAAAGUCGCUGCUGCACGAAAAGCUCGGCUUCAAUAUUGAGCUCAAGUGGCCGCAGCAGGACAGCAAUCAUCGCUGGCAGGAGGACAGCUUCAAGCCGCGCUUCGAUCGCAAUCUAUAUGUCGACACUGUGCUGGAGAUUGUCUUUUUGCAUGCCGGCCGGCGUCGCAUUAUCUUCUCCAGCUUCGAUGCAGACAUUUGCAUUAUGAUACGCCUCAAACAGAAUAUUUAUCCUGUGCUGCUGCUCACGCGCAAUCCGGAGCGUUCGUCGCAGUUUCUGGAUCCACGCGUCAACAGCUUGGAGCAUGCUGCCAAUGUUGGUCACAUAUUCGAAUUCCUUGGGCUUUGUCUCAACACCAGCUCUAUACUGCUGGAGCCCAUUAUCAUGGGCGUGCUCUAUGAUUUGCGGCUGCAAACUGUUACCUGGGGCAGCGCCAACACUGAUGGCCAUGUGCGUGAUAAGCUCAAGCGCUAUGGCGUCAUGGGUGUUUGCUAUGAUCGCAUCGAUCAGCUGGAUCAGCGUGGCGAGGAGCUCGAAGGCACCAUUUGUCUAAUUGAUUCGCCAGCGACGCGUAAAUAUUUUCGCAAGCUGGAAGCCGAGGAGCGACAGCAGAAAUGUGUGACCAUUGGUUAGUCUUAAAUGUGUGCAGUGAUGUCAAAAUUUUUACUGUGUGUGUUUUUAAAAUUCUAAAAAUCGUACCGCUAACGAUUUGUGUUUAACAUUUUAGCAUUUUAUUCCUAAACGUAAAUAAAGCAAUGAUUUUGAUA